UAACCAAAGCUGGAUGUGUAGGACGUCACAUGUUGUUUUUCCUCUUCACUCCAGUCACUUAGCGAUAUGUGUUAUUUACUGUUAAACUGCUCCUCACAGCGAACGCGCAGCCCGCGCCGGGUACAGAAAAGAGUCUGACAGGAUUUUCAUUGCGCUUCAGAGGAGACUAACAGACUGACUGCACAAGUUGAGGAAAAGUGAGAGUUUUUCUUUAUAGCUUAUGAGAAUGGCGAGUCCGCCGCCGACGGAAGGACAGCUGAUUUCAAACAUGAUCGUGAAGAAUAACAAUCGCGUAAAGAAAUGCGGAUAUCUGAGGAAACAGAAGCACGGACACAAGCGCUUUUUCGUGCUGAGGGAGUCGAGCGAGGGCUCUCCUGCCCGGCUGGAGUACUACGAAAGCGAAAAGAAAUGGAAAAACAAGUCGGCUGCUAAACGGGUUAUACCUUUGGACUCCUGCCUGAACAUCAACAAGAGAGCCGAUGCCAAACACAAGCACCUGAUCGCCCUUUACACUAAGGACGAGUAUUUUGCCGUGGCUGCCGAAAACGAGCAGGAACAGGAGGACUGGUACGCCGUUUUAACGGAUUUAAUGAACGAGGGGAAAGUGAGCGACGGCUCCGCGUCCAAUUCGGCAUCGUCUCUCGUUGGGUUUGAUGAGGCGAAUUACGGCGUAAUAACGCCGGUUUCCGCCACUUACAAGGAGGUUUGGCAAGUUAAUUUAAAAUCUAAAGGACUCGGACAGAGCAGGAAUCUAACGGGCGUCUAUCGCCUGUGUUUAUCCAGCCGCACCAUCAGCUUCGUGAAACUUAACACGGAGGUGGCGUCAGUUAUUUUACAGCUGAUGAACAUACGGCGAUGCGGACACUCUGACAGCUUUUUCUUCAUCGAGGUGGGCCGGUCCGCGUCGAUAGGACCCGGUGAGCUGUGGAUGCAGGCGGAUGACUCCGUGGUGGCGCAAAACAUUCACGAGACCAUUUUGGAGGCGAUGAAAGCGAUGAAGGAGAUGUCAGAGUUCCGCCCGCGCAGCAAAAGCCAGUCCUCUGGUACCAACCCCAUCUCCGUGCCCACCAGGCGGCACUUUAACAAUCUUCCACCGAGUCAGACUGGGCUACAACGGCGAUCGCGCACCGACAGCGUGGCAGCGACGUCUCCCGUGACGAAACUGACGUCCUGCAGAAUACGCACUGCAAGCGAGGGCGAUGGAACCAUGACGCGGCCCAUGUCAGUGACUGGCAGCCCGGUCAGUAUGGGUGCCAACAGGACGCAUUUAAGCCGCUCCAACACGGUGACAGCUCGCCCAUGCAGAACAUUUGAGACCUCAUCCCUGCAGCACAGUAAAUCCAUGUGCAUGCCCGUGUCUCGCUCCCCUCCCUCAGCUGUCAGCCCUGCCAGCCUGGGUUGUAAUAUCGAAAGCACCCCUCGCCCCUCCAGCUGCACCGCAUCCAUUUCGGGCUCACCCAUAGAUGCCGGUUUCAUUUCUUGUGAUGAAUGUGGCUCCAGCCCGGGAGAUGUACGGCACCUUUCUAUAGCAAACCGAUGCAACACACCGGAGUCCCUCGCUAGCACACCCCCCUCACAAGAGGGCAGUGACCUCCAUGGAUACAUGAUCAUGGAGAGGCCGAACUGCUGCGGGAGGCGAGGUGCCCGAACAGGGGCAGAGGAGAGAAUUGGAGAUCUAGAGAAAGCCUACAGGAAAAGGACACACUCUCUCACCAUGCCCUACCAGAAGAGGGUGCCGCCACAAGUUUCAUCAGCUUCAUUGGAUGAGUACACACUUAUGAAAGCCACUUACACAACUGGAGGCCAUUCAGGGCGCAGCUCGCACACUGCAUCCCCAAAGGUCACGUACCCUGAGGAUUAUGGUGACAUUCAAAUCGGAUCGUUAUUGAUAAGUUCGAGCAGUAAUCUGGGCGACGAUGGCUACAUGCCAAUGACACCAGGUGUGGCUCCACAAGGGGGAAAGGCUGACAACUACAUGCCUAUGAGCCCUAUGUGCGUUUCCGCUCCAAAGCAGAUAAUAAACCCUAGGACACACCCCCUCACUAUAGCUAAUGGCUACAGAACCAAUUCCCCCAGCAGCUGUUCUCUGGAAGACAGCGGCUACAUGAGGAUGUUGUGUGGCUCAAAGUUCUCUGUUGAUAGCUCUGAUGGAAAAUUGACAAACGGCGAGUACCUCAACAUGUCUCCUGUAGAUUGUGGGUCUGUCACACCACCCGACUACUAUCUUAGCCCCGUGGGUGUGGAGCAGUCUCCAUGCCUGAGACAGCUUCACUCAUUUAACUCUUUGCCACGCUGUCACAAGCCCCAGCAGAUGAAAAAGGAUACAGAAGACGACCAGUAUGUCGUCAUGAACCCUCAAAGUAACAGGAUAAUAGAAGAGACAGGAACCACAGCAUCACCCCCUGUCCUAUCCCCUCUAAGACAAAACCGGACAGAGAACCUUAUUCACAGGCAUAGAAUUAACCGGCCCACCCGCCUCUCUCUGGACACACUUCGGACAUUACCCAGCAUGAACGAGCAUCCCCUCCCCACUGAGCCAAAAAGCCCUGGUGAGUACAUUAACAUAGACUUUGGACAUAUUGUUGAAAGCAGCUCCCCGCCCUCCACUGCCUCCUCAGAAAGCCCAGCCUCAUCGCUAGGAUCCUCCAGCGGUCAGAGGCAGUCCCCCCUGUCGGAUUACAUGAACAUAGAUGUAAACUCACAGUCACUCAAAACUGGAGAUGCGGCCCCAUCUGACACUUUUGAGGCCCUUCCAGUACGGAUGUCCUGCCCUGCCCACUCCGAGGAAGACAGGUACCACCUUACAGCACAGGUGGCACCAGUGGGCCCAGUUGGCAAAGCUAAAGACGAUUACACAGAGAUGACGUUCAGCGUGCCUGCUUCGCCUCCACAGCCUGUCUCUCAGCCCUCAGAAGGUGGGCAAACCACCAGCCCAUCCUCCUGCAUGCAGAGGCUGGCUAUGGAUGAGAGUGUGGGAGUGUCCACCGUUGAUGCAUUUCUGCUGUGCCAUACCACUUUGGAUUUGGUGAAUCCUGACCGGGGCGCAAAGGUGAUUCGUGCGGACCCCCAGGGACGCCGACGACACAGUUCAGAAACAUUUGCCUCUACCACCACAGUUACACCAGUUUUUCCCUCCUUUGUUCACGAUACCAGGCGGCAUGGUUCGGCCUCUGUGGAGAACGUGUCUGUCUCUGUGAAGAACAGUGAAGGAUCAGAUGAAGAGUACAACAGUCCAAUGUGCAGAGAGACAUCGGCUGGCUUUCAGAACGGACUAAACUACAUUGCCUUAAACUUGAUGGAUGGGGGACUUGCCAGCUGUGAUUCUCUUGUGAGGUUCAAAGCUGCCAGCUGCUGUAAAGAGGGCAUCAAUGGAAUACAUGUCAGUCCAUAUGCCAGUCUUGGGUUCAAGGAAACGGCAACAACAGUACAAGACUAAACAAGAGCCAGUCUGCCCCCUUCAACCCCAUCCCCGUCUUUCACAAUGAGAGCGAGAGAUGUGCGGAGGAGAGGCGCUCGUAUAGACAGAUGGACCACGUUGCUGCUGCUUCAGCCCUCUGCUGAUCUCUGACCCCCGAAUGCAUUCGAACGGCCGUCGUCACGGCAACACGGACACUUGACCCCGGUGCGAGUCGCGAUGCUUGCUCAAAGACAGAGAGGCGGGACUUCCUGUUCAUCUGUAACUCACUACAAUCUCUUCCCUUUGGAUGCAGAACAUUCGUGUUAUGGACUUUUUUCACCGGUUUUGGAAAGAGCUCUGGACGUUGAGUGGCCAGUGUCCUUCUAAACCUGUGAACCAAACCUGGAUAGAAACAUCUGAUCUGCACACACACACACACACACACACGCACAUACAAUUGUAUACGUGUUGCACAUGUCACUUAUUUAUUUAAUUGUGUGCAUAUAUGUUGUGUGUUUGUGUGUGUGUGCAGGGGUGGUUGCAACACUGCACAAAGGUGGCAUUUCAGAAAUUUGCUCAACAAUUCGAACUAAGCAGUCACUUGAAAACCCUACCUCAGAACGAGCCAGGUUAUGACUUACAAAAAAUAUAUAUAUAUAUAUAUAUAUAUUGAGAAACUAAUUUAUUUUUACAAGUGAAUGUUUUCGUAAACACCAAUCCAAAGCCUUACUGACUGUACGAACAGUGUUUCCUGGAGGACAUGCAUUAUGGACCUGCAUUCACUCACAAGAGUCUCAAAGAUUAACUGUUUGCCAUGGUAACUGAAUGUCUUGUAGUGCAGCGGAAGAAGAUGGUGAAUGACCUGGCUUCCGCUGCAAUCAAAGAUCUCAUAAUAUAUUAUUAUUCUAUUCUACACAGAUAUUUAAAUCAUUUUAAUAUAAUAUUAAUAUUUAUCUGAGCUGGUAACGGACCGGAUGGGCGGCCAUCUGCUGCCCAGCACAUACUGUAUGCAAAGCAGGCUUCCAGAGUAUAGGAGUUAUCGGAACGAAGCCACACGUGAUUAACACGCAAACCACAACAUGCUACACGAAUGAGCCUCAGGUUAGAGCGAGGACCACCUCACCAAGCCUAGGCACGCUAGCACACUUUAAACCCACUGUCUUUGACCCUAACAACCCAAAGCCUCUCUCCGCCUUACACCCGCACCCGCCGGCUUGGUGUUCAAUUCAGCGACCGCUCCGCCGAUCGACCAGCGGCAGGAGCGGGCAACGAACGAGAGCGAUAGGUUUCAGAUGGGUCGACACCAAUACUGCUGCUCCCUACCGUCAAGACAGGGAAAGACUCGUCAGAACCAAUGCUUUGUCUUGCACUUACAAACUCCCUAGAUUGUAACACAAGACACUUUUGAAUGUAGAGUAUUCCGGAGUUCUCCGCAAAGGAGACGUUUGGACAAAACGCGCUUAAACAUCCACAAACAAACUGAUGAUAAAGUCGUACAGUUUAACACAUUCAAAACAAAGUACAACACGACUUGACUUAAGUAUAUGGAAAACAUUUGCCUAGAAAUCUGUAAAUAACGUGUAAAGAGAUUGCAACUGAUUAUAUAUUAUGUCUUUUUGUUUAUAUAUAUAUAAAUAUACUGUACGUGUUCGAAUGAAUUUUCCCCAAACUAAAGCACUAAUGAAGGUACUCGCCAAAGGCUUAAUUUAGCCUGGCGAUUUUCUUUUAUAACUCUUCAGUAAGUUUGUAAAAGUAUGUACACUGUACAAAAGAAAUGCCACUUUGAUGAUAUUUGAUAAUGCUAUAAAAAACGAGAAAAACUAAUAAAAUGAAUUUGUAGAAUAAUACUUGAUAUUACAAGUAAAUCUUGCUACAUAGGUACAAGUUGACAAACGGCAUAUGCAAUAUUUACAUUUUUUUAAAAGAUUAGUUUACAGAAAGGAACCAAAUGUAUAAUAAAUACUGUGUUAAUAUAUUUAAAACCUUAAAACGUUUUUUGCUGUACACAUUUUUUCUGCCAACUUUAAAUGGGAAAGUGUUUUUUCCUCGUUUUCAUGAUUUGCUAUUGAAUCCUAACAGUAAUUUCAGCAGUGUUCUCAAGCGAAUGCUGUUUCUCAGUAUGGAAAGGUUAAAUAGGCCUAUUUCAAUGCCUGAGUUUUUUCCUGUGUCUUCCAUUGUAUAUACUUCAUAUUCUUUGCAUUGUGAUGCUACUUAGAAGUGAUAAUUUAAACUUAGUGUAAUUAGCGUUGCUUUUGAAACUGUAUUGAUUCUGAAUAGCCACAUGCAAUAAAAAAGUAACAUUAUUUAAGAA